AUACGACAAUGGGCCAGAAGCCCAGAACUCAAAACUGCAAAAACUAACAAACUAAACCCUCUCCACUCACCGGCGCAGCAAAACCCUACUCAUCGCCGCCGCAUUUUCAACCAAUGGCAACCCUAAAAGAAAUCCUAACACGCCGCCCUAUCUCCGCCACAAUCCGUCUCACAGUGGACGCCGGUGCAGCCAAACCCGGCCCACCAGUCGGCCCAGCUCUCGGUCAAUACAAACUCAACUCCAUGGCAUUCUGCAAAGACUUCAACGCUAGAACCCAAAAAUUCAAACCCGGUACACCAAUGGCCGUAACAAUUUCGGCAUUCAAAGACGGUACAUUUGAAUUCACCGUUAAGUCACCGUCAGUUACUUGGUAUUUAAAACAGGCUGCUGGUAUUGAACUUGGAAGUGGUCGACCUGGACAUGUAACGGCGUCGACAUUAACGUUGAAACAUGUUUAUGAGAUUGCUAAGAUUAAACAGAGUGAUCCGUUUUGUCAGUAUAUGCCUUUGGAGUCUAUUUGUAAGUCUAUUAUUGGGACGGCUAAUUCUAUGGGGAUUAAAGUUCAGAAAGAGCUAGACUGAUUGGUUGAUUAGAGGUAAUUUGAGCAAACAAUUAGGAUUGAAGUUCAGAAAGAGCUGGAUUGAUUGAAACUACUGAUCUUUCGUCUGGGUAAUUCUGUAAUUUUCUUUGUUAGAUUUGGAAAUGAGAGUCGUAAAAUUGGUUAAAGUUAUGAUUUUGUGGUUUAAGGAAGCAUUAUAUGGAUUAUGGAUGUUUUCUUUGCAAUAAAGAUAGUUCUUUUUUGAAGUUUAUUAGAGUUAUUUGAGCAAGUUUAAUGCUUUUCAUCAUACUGUUAUUGUGAAUCUAAGAGCAGAGUAAUUAGGAUUGAAGUUCAGAAAGAGCUGGAUUGAUUGGAACUACUGAAUUUUCGUAUGGGUACUUCUGUAUUUUUCUUUGUAAAAUUUGGAAAUGAGAGUCGUAAGGUUUGUUAAAGCAAUGAUUUUGUUGUUUAAGGAAGAAUGAUAUGGAAUGGAUGUUUACUUAGUAAUAAAGAUAGCUUUUUUGAACUUUAUUUGAGUUGGUAAUUGAGAAAGCAUAAUGCUUUUGAUUAUGCUGUUAUUGCGAACCUGAGAGCAGAAACUGAAUUGUUGUUUGGGUACUUUUGUAUUUUGUUUUUUUUGUAAGAUUUGGAAACGAGAGUUGUAAAUUUGGUUAAAGUAAUGAUUAUGUUGUUUAAGGAAGCAUGAUAUGGAUUAUGGAUGUUUUCCUAGCAAUAAA